CCGAAACACGACGUCGUUUACUGUCUUAUAAAUCUCCCCACUCGCCGGUCGCCGAAUCUUUCUCCUUUCUUCACAUGAGCUCAACUAUUCACUCAUCCCGGGCCAUCUUUCUCUGUAUUUGGUUUUUUAUUUUUUAACAGAUGGAUCGGCCGGUGGCGAUGGCGACCGGAGCUGCCGUGGAGAUGCCCAUCAUGCACGAUAGCGACCGGUACGAUUUCGUCCGAGAUAUCGGGUCCGGGAAUUUCGCUGUCGCAAGGCUCAUGACGGACAAGCACACCAAAGAGCUUGUUGCUGUCAAGUAUAUCGAACGCGGAGAUAAGAUUGAUGAAAAUGUUAAGAGAGAAAUCAUUAAUCACAGGUCUCUGAGACACCCUAACAUUGUCAGGUUUAAGGAGGUCAUUUUAACACCUACACAUCUGGCCAUUGUAAUGGAAUAUGCAUCUGGAGGAGAACUGUUCGAUCGAAUCAGCAAAGCAGGGCGUUUUACUGAGGAUGAGGCUCGUUUCUUCUUUCAACAACUCAUAUCUGGGGUCAGCUAUUGUCAUGCAAUGCAAGUAUGUCACCGGGACCUGAAGUUGGAAAACACUUUGUUGGAUGGGAGCCCAGCACUUCAUUUGAAGAUAUGUGAUUUUGGGUACUCCAAGGUAAGGGUUUUUUAUUGGCAGUCUUCAUUGCUUCAUUCACAACCGAAGUCAACUGUGGGAACUCCAGCAUAUAUUGCUCCAGAAGUAUUACUGAAACAAGAGUAUGAUGGCAAGAUUGCAGAUGUUUGGUCAUGUGGUGUAACCUUAUAUGUGAUGUUAGUGGGAUUGUAUCCUUUUGAAGAUCCUAAUGAACCAAAGGAUUUCCGGAAGACAAUUCAGAGAGUUCUCAGUGUCCAGUAUUCCAUUCCAGACUUUGUUCAAAUAUCUCCCGAGUGUCGCAACGUUAUCUCAAGGAUCUUUGUUUUUGACCCUGCAGAGAGAAUCACCAUUCCUGAAAUAUUGAAAAAUGAAUGGUUUCUGAAGAAUCUUCCUGCUGACUUGAUGGGUGAAAAGAUAAUGGGAAACCAAUUUGAAGAGCCAGAUCAGCCCAUGCAGAGCAUUGAUACGAUCAUGCAAAUAAUUUCAGAAGCUACCAUUCCAGCAGCUGGGACCUAUUCUUUAGACCAGUUUAUGACUGAUAGCAUUGAUGUUGAUGAUGACAUGGAUGAAUUAGACUCUGACUUUGAGCUUGAUGUAGAUAGCAGUGGGGAGAUAGUGUAUGCCAUAUAAUUCAAUCAUCAUCUGCAUUGAAAGACAGCAUAAUGAAAGGAGAGAGCAUCUUAGUUUUCAGCUUUAUGCCCUUCUCAGCAUCAAGGAAAGAGAAAUGUGUGCAGACCGUAUUUCUUGUAGAUUGGAUAAGACACGAAGUUCAUCAUGUUAAUUUAUAUAGUGUGCUCUUGGAACUGCCAAUGUCCACACCAUUUAUCAUUAUCACUUUUGUGAGGGGAGGAACAUAUUUCUUACCCUCCAGAAGGGGUUGGUGGCUGAACGAAGGAAUGAUAAUUACCCUUCCUUCUAUUCCUGUUGAAUACUUGGUUUGUAUUAUAUACACAUUAGGCAUUAGCCUCUUAAUUGUCCCCCUGCCAGUUAAAUUGGUGUCGCGGAAAUCUUGGCUCAUGAAAAAUAAUCUCAUCAUCAUGGUCCCUGA